UCCACUUCCACAUUCCCAUGAGAGCUGUUUGGUCCUAAUAUAUCAUCCAUUGGUGGGGGGGGCUCAGCAGUUAAAUGCUGGCAUUAUCUUCUGUUUUUCAUUCUGUGCGAUCUGAAAGUAAGCGAACUGGACAGACUUAGUUUUAAGUACCAUGUGCGUUGCAGCAGUCUGCCACUAAAGAGGGAAGUGGUGUCAGUCAACUGGUUUCCUCACAGUGGUUCAGUACAGAUCCAUCUGUGGGACGUCUGUGCUGUUCUUCAGGCCAUGGAGAAAAGCUUCAGAGUCAGCAAGCUUUGCAUUUUGUCCGUGAACAUAGCCCUGGUCUCUGUGGCAACCAUUGUCACGAUGUGGACUAUGGCCCUGACAGGAGGAGGCGACGGUGAUGAUGUCACAGCUCCUUGGGACAGCUACCGGCUCCCCACUGAUUUGGUCCCUGACUACUACAACGUCACCCUGUGGCCUCGUCUCAGCUGUGACACAAACACUGGCCUCUACAUCUUUACAGGCCAAUCCACUGUGGAGUUUGAGUGUGUGAAAGAAACAAAUAUGAUCCUGAUCCACUCCAACAAACUCAACUACACCAAGCUGGACAACACACACUUUGCCAGGCUCAUCGCUGCAGGUGGCGGUUCGGCUCCCAGUAUUAAGUCCUCCUGGCUGCAGCCUAAGACCCAGUAUCUGGUUAUCCAGCUGAAUAGUAAAUUAACUCACAAACAGAAGUAUCAGCUGCACACUGAGUUCAGUGGAGAACUAGCUGAUGACUUGGAAGGCUUCUACAGGAGUGAAUAUGAAGAAGGUGGAGUGCUAAAGAUUGUUGCCACCUCUCAGAUGCAUCCAACUCACGCCAGAAAGACCUUCCCGUGUUUUGAUGAGCCAGCAAUGAAAGCUGUUUUCCAUAUAACUCUCAUCCAUCCCCCUGGAACUGUAGCCCUGUCCAAUGGGAUGGAAACAGAUAUUGUCAACACGACUAUCGAUGGAGUAGCUGUGACACAGACCAGGUUUGAGCGUACAGAGAAAAUGUCCACCUAUCUGCUGGCCAUGGUCAUCUGUGACUACACACAGCUCAAUGCUACACAAGGAGACACUCUGAUCCGUAUCUGGGCUCGCAGGACGGCCAUUGAGCAGGGACAGGGGAGCUAUGCUCUCAAUGUGACUGGACCCAUACUGGACUUCUUCCAGUCGUACUAUAACGUGUCCUACCCUCUCAGCAAAGCAGAUCAAAUUGCUCUGCCAGACUUCUAUUUUGGUGCGAUGGAGAAUUGGGGUUUGGUGACAUACAGAGAAACCAACCUUCUCUAUGACCCAGUGACCUCCUCCAGCAGGAAUAAAGAGACCACUGCCACCAUUAUUGCUCAUGAACUAGCACACAUGUGGUUUGGUAACCUGGUUACUCUGCGCUGGUGGAAUGAGGUCUGGCUGAACGAGGGCUUUGCGUCGUAUGUGUCUUACCUGGGAGCAGACCAUGCUGAGCCUGCAUGGGAUGUGAAAGACUUGAUCAUACUAGAUGACGUCCACAAGGUGUUUGCAGUCGAUGCCUUGACCUCCUCUCAUCCCCUGUCUUCUGAAGAAGACAGUAUUAUCUUGCCAGGCCAAAUCAGUGAGCAGUUUGAUGUCAUCUCAUAUAGCAAGGGUGCAGCAGUGCUGAGGAUGCUGUCCGAUUUUCUCUCAGAGCCGGUCUUUGUCCAGGGACUCAGCAGAUACCUCCAACACUUUGCCUACAGUAACACAGUAGGGAAUGACUUGUGGCAUCAUCUACAAAUGGCAGUGGAAACAAAUGAUGUUUCACUACCUGGUCCGGUUUGUACGAUCAUGGACCGCUGGGUGCUCCAGAUGGGCUUCCCAGUGGUGACCCUAGAUACCACCACAGGACAGGUAUCCCAGAAGCACUUCCUGCUGGAUCCAGAGUCCAACAUCACAGUUCAAUCACCUUACAACUUUGAGUGGCUGAUCCCUGUUAGGUGGAUGAAGAGCGGCGAGGUAAAGAGAGAUAUCUGGUGGCUGCUGGAAAAAGAAGCGGUAAACUUGGAGAUGAAGAGAGGUGGUUUGUGGGUUCUGGCCAACAUCAAUGUAACCGGGUACUACCGGGUAAACUAUGACCUGGGGAACUGGGAGAGGCUCUUAGCUCAGCUUCAUUCAGAGCACCAGGUGAUACCGGUGAUAAACAGAGCCCAGCUUGUGGAUGAUGCUUUCAAUCUGGCCAGGGCUCAGAUGGUCUCCACUACUCUUGCUCUGAACACAACCCUCUACCUGUCUGUGGAGGCAGAGUACAUGCCCUGGCAGUCUGCUCUGGAUAAUCUGGGCUAUUACUACCUCAUGCUGGACCGCACUGAAGUCUAUCAGCCUAUGCAGGACUACAUAAAGAAGCUGGUGACGCCUCUCUUCCUGUACUUCAAAAGCAUUACAUCAGACUGGACCCUUGUUCCUGACAGACACACUGACCAGUAUAACCAGGUCAAUGCCAUCCGUAUGGCCUGCAGGACUGGAGUAACAGAAUGCCAGAACCUGACCACCACAUGGUUCAAACAAUGGAUGGAGACCCCUCAACACAAUCUGAUCCAUCCCAACCUGCGUUCAGCAGUGUACUGCAGUGCCAUGGCAGCUGGUGAUGAGGCAGAGUGGGAGUUCGGCUGGUCACAGUUCAAGAAUGCUACUGUAGCCAGUGAGGCCAGCAAGCUCAUGUCUGCACUGGCCUGUAGCAACAAUACACAACUGUUGCAAAGGUUUCUGUCUUAUACUCUGAACUCAGCUAUGAUCCGUAAACAGGACGCCACCUCUGUCAUCACAUCUGUCGCCAGCAACAGAGUGGGACAGAGUCUGGCAUGGGACUUUGUCAGGGAACAGUGGGAAUAUAUGUUCACAGAAUAUGGCGUGGGCUCUUUCUCCUUUGCCUCUUUGAUCAGCGGAGUCACUGCUCGGUUCUCUACACCUGCUGAACUACAACAGCUGGAGGAGUUUGAGGAGAAGCACAGAGCAGCAGGGUUUGGAUCCGCCACCCUGGCUGUGGAGCAGGCCUUGGAGAGGACCAGAGCUAACAUCAACUGGCUGCAACAGAACAAACGGGAGAUCUUGGACUGGUUCAAAAGUCAGACUGGACAUUAGAUUCACUAACAGGCAGAGUGAGAGAGCUGGGAGCAGCGACUCAUCCCACAUAGGAAGAGAUUCUCUGUAUGUUUGAUUAAAAGCUGCCAGAGUUAGAGGGAUCAGGUCAGAAAGACAUAAAGAAGGAAUAUUAUCGAGUACAGUUGAGCAGCUAUAUUUCUAUAGUAACAGUCAGAUGUCACUCAAAUGAACCUGGUUUGCAUGAGGCAGUAAAAAAGCUGUUAUUACCAAACAUACCAAGCGCUUUGUGCACAAGAUAGCCAAGUCCAAGUCCUCCCAGAACGCCUCCGAGAUGGAGUUCAUCAAGGAGAAGUUCAUAGAGUAACAUACUGCAAUGUAAUGCAUAGAUUUAACUUUAUAACCACUUGGAACCUGCUAUGAAUGUAAUCAUUGAAAUGCCAUCGUAACAAUGGUUAACAUGUGACUUAAGACCUUCAGUCAAAUGUAGCUAGUUUGAACUCCUCGACAUGUUCUGAUCUGCACACACACAUAAGCAGCUUAUGGGCUAUGUAGCUGUUGCAACAAGAUGUUUUAAUACACCUCCAUUAAAUCCUCAACCUCUCUGCAGAUUCUAUGUUUCUCACCAAGAGAGUUGUAACAUUUUGAAUGUUUCAGAUUUGCAUUCAAUUAUGUAUUUCCUUUGAUUGUUAUGCAACAAAUCACUGAUUGCAAUGUUUAUUUGUACAUGAUUGUAAGCUGUGUUCUUCACCUCCAGAUAAAGACUUGGCUGAUGAGAAAGAUUA